AUGACGAAAGAGGAAAAGAUGUGUUCAAUUGUUCCUUUUAGAACAGUGAAAUACGCUUAUGAGAGUGACGCAAGAAAAUGGAGUUCAAAAAUGAUGGUAAUUCAGUUGAAGAAAAUGAAAGAGACAAAAAUUGCGUUUCUGUUUUAUUUGUUCAAGGUAAGCGUCGACGAGUUUUUGGAGGCGAAUGAAUACUUCUUUAAGAAGUACACACCACAGAUGCGGUUGGAUACUUUCACCCGCGCGAGAAUCAAAAAGAUAUCACAGACAGUCAAUACAAAUGUUCAGGCGUGUAUUUUACAAAAGGCAAUCCGACGCUUUUUGAACCAAAAAGAGGAAAAACGGUAUUUACACUGCGCGCACGUUGUUAAAGAAUUCAUAACAACAGAAAAAACUUAUGUUGAACAACUUUGUGUUGUUGAAGAGUUGAUCCACCAGCCAUUACUUCAAACCGACAUUUUGUCACUUAAAGAGACCGAACUGAUCUUUAAUGGAAUCUCUGUGAUAUAUGGUAUUAACAAAACUCUCUUCAAAACUAUUUGUAGAGAGAUGAAUGUGUAUUCCCAAGACUCGACAUUCGGAAAAACCUUUUUGACCAUCACUCCAUUCUUGAAGAUGUACAGCGACUAUUGCCAGAUUUAUCCAAAAAUAAAUCAGUUGGUCACUUCACUCAAAUCGUCGGAGAAAUUCACAUGCUUUUAUAAGAAGCAAAUUGUAAAAGCGCCCUCUAAUUACGUUAACUUUGAUUUACUGGCACUUUUGAUCACACCAGUUCAGCGACUACCAAGGUACAAACUUCUCUUGUCCGACCUUUUUGAGCACACAAAAUUCAAAGAUGUUGACUACUCGAACAUCAAAAAAUCAUUAGAAGAAAUCGAGAAAGUUACAAGUUUUGUGAAUGCACAAUCCAAGAAAGUCAAAGUGUACGAGUUCAUGAGUCAGCUCGACAGCACAAUCAAGGACCUUCCUCCAAACUUUCAGCUCAUCCAACCCGACCGUUUUUUCAUCUCAACUACCACUGUUUUACUCGCAGAGGUGUGGAUCGAUUUGGUUCAAAAUAAAAGUUCGACAGAGACAAUGACUUUAAAGGAUUUUAAUAAGUUCCAACAGUCAAAUCAGUACAUAAAUAAGAAGGACAUUGACAUCAAAUUGGUCGAAAAGGGAAUUACUGUCGAGAUGUAUUUGUUCAACGAUAUCAUUCUCUUUGCAAAAAAGUCCAAAGGGAUUUUCAACCAAAAACCACUACAGUUCCAUAACAUCCUUUGGAUAUCGAAGACCUCCUUCUCAAUCGACGCCGACAAGGUCCAGCUGACCACUGACGACGAAAUAUAUAAACUUACGUUCCAAACACCACAACUCAACGAGGAGUGGACCAAAGCGCUUCGAUCCGCAUUUGAUAAAAUGAAGUCAACUGUUAAAGACCUCAAGAAGAGACAAACGUUCUCGCCCAAGGGGUUAUAA